UUCAGUGAAACUCCUCCCACAACAUUCUCGCCUUCAGUGAAACCCCUCCCACAACAAUCACACCUUCAGUGAAGCUCCUCCCACUGCGGUUCAGUAAUAAAUGCUGGAAUAUUCCCAUCAGUCUACAAGUGAAGACGAGCAUCAGAGAAUCAGGAAGAAGAGAAAUCUGCAGAAACAGAGAGAACAUGAGAGAUCCAGAACCCUGCAGAAUGAAACACACUGAAGAACAAACAGAAAAAACUCUCUUGCAGAAAAAUUUCCUGAAAAGAAGAAAUGAGAAGAGUUUCACUUGCAUUCAGUGUGGAAGGAGUGUGAAAUGCAAACGUGAUCUUAAUAUUCACAUGAUGAUCCACACCGGAGAGAGACCGUUCACGUGUGAUCAGUGCGGGAAGAGUUUCAGACAAUCAUCACACUUUAAAAACCACAUGAACAUCCACACCAGAGAGAAACUGUAUGAAUGUGAUCAAUGUGGAAAGACGUUUUUGCGGGCUUCAGGACUGAAGGCGCAUAUGAAAGUACAUUCAAAUGUGAAGCCACAUUCAUGUUCUUUGUGUGGAAAGAGUUUUUCCAAACUGCAGACUUUACAAGUUCACCAGAAGAUACACACUGGUGUGAGAGACUACAUGUGCUUCCAGUGUGAGAAGACCUUUAUUACAGCUGGACAUUUGAGUCGGCACCAGAGGAUCCACGCUGGAGAGAAACCUUACAAGUGUUCACACUGCGACAAGAGAUUCAAUACGUCAGGAAACCUGAAAAAACAUAAGAGGAUCCACACUGGAGAGAACAUAAUGCUGUCCCAUAUUGACUUGUGA